UUUUCCACAGCCUCCGUCAGGGGGUUGCCAUAGAUACUGGCGUGACAUAGGAGCAGGAGAGUCUCCAGGGCCUGUGCGGAGGGACGGAGCAGCCAGGAGGAGCCGUCUUGCUCCGUAGCAAGUUUCAGCACUGCUGGAGAAGUUGCUCGCCAAGAGAAGGGAUGGUGGGAAGUGGAGCCCUGCUGGAUCCGUGGCGGUGAAACGCCUGGGCUCACCCCACCAUGGCGGGGGUGGCACAGCAGCUAAGCCAGCCAGGGAGAAACAUGAAUGGCAGUGACUGAUAACCCCAAAAGCCGCUCGACGGAUUCCCAGGUUACCUUCCCUAAGGAUGUUCUGCUUACCACUUCUGCUCUUAGCUGGAUUCUCACCAUGCUCGGGCUCCGAAGUCAAUCCUGCAAUAUGCCGGUAUCCUUUGGGAAUGUAUGAAGGAACCAUCCAGGACGAAGACAUUACCGCUUCCAGCCAGUGGUAUGAUUCAACUGGACCACAGUAUGCCCGGUUGCUCAGAGAAGAAGGUGACGGGGCCUGGUGUCCGGCAGGACUCCUGCAACCAGAAGAUGUGCAGUUUCUUCAGAUAGAUCUCCACAAACUGUACUUCAUCACGCUGGUGGGGACACAAGGACGGCACGCCCGGGCUACCGGGAAGGAGUUUGCCCGGGCCUAUCGGAUCAACUACAGUCGUAACGGCGAGCAGUGGCUCUCCUGGCAUGAUCGUCACAACAGGCAGGUGAUCCAAGGCAACACAGACACAUACGAGGUUGUUCUGAAAGAUCUUCGCCCGCCCAUCAUUGCUCGCUACAUCCGAGUGAUCCCAGUGACCGAGCAGCCCAUGACUGUUUGCAUGAGAGUAGAACUCUACGGAUGUCUCUGGUCUGAUGGACUGGAGUCCUACAGCAUGCCUGAAGGAGAAAUCAUGGCGGCCCCUGGCAAUCCUAUUAUUUAUCUGAAUGACUCAACCUAUGACGGUUACCAGGAACGAAAGCUCCUACAUGGUGGGCUGGGCCAACUUACAGACGGUGUCCUGGGAUUGGAUGAUUUCACCAAGAGCCACCAAUACCGCGUGUGGCCAGGGUACGACUACGUCGGCUGGAGAAAUGACAGUUUCCGGAAUGGCGUCGUGGAGAUGGAGUUCCAGUUUGACCGCCAGAGGAAUUUCACCUCCAUGAAGGUCCACUGCAACAACAUGUUUUCCAAAGGGGUGAAGAUCUUUGAGAGGGUGGAAUGCCUCUUCAAGCCAAGGCUGAUCGCCGAGUGGGACCCACAGCCCGUGGGUGUAGACACCGUUCUGGACGACAAAAAUCCCAGUGCACGAUUCGUGACUGUCCCCUUCAACCAGCACGUGGGCAAAGCCAUCCUCUGCCGUUUCUACUUUGCUGAUACCUGGAUGAUGAUAAGUGAGGUCUCCUUUCAAUCAGUCAAUAUGGAUGCUCCUGAUCCAAUCUUGGUCACUUCAGCUUGGAGCACCACCCCAGAGACAUACCUGUCAUCAGAGAGACCAAAUGCUACAGAAGGGACUUGGGGGAGCACCAUCCUAUCUUCCAUCAGCCCCAGUGUUGAGCAGAAGGCAGAGGACUCCAACUCUUCUAGUCUGAUCAGUUGCCUUGUGGCCAUCAUUCUUCUGCUGGUGGUGGUGAUCGUUGCCAUCCUGUGGAGGCAGUAUGCUCAGAAGCAUCUGGAGACGGCUCCCCGACGAAUCCUGGAAGAGGAUGCCACGGUGCGGCUCUCUUUCUACAGCUCCAGAAUUGUCGGUGGCCAGACGCAGAUCCACCAGACCAACCCCACCUAUGAGAGAGUCUUCCCCUUGGAUCUGGAAUACCACCAGCCUCUCACCCUACUCCAGAAACUGCCAGAGUUAUCUCAAAGCGCCGAAGACUCGGCCUGCAGCGGUGAUUAUGCAGAGCCCGACCUCACCAAGUGCACCCCUCACCAGGGAUUCCAGAAUAACGUUCCCCACUAUGCCGAGACAGACAUCGUCAACUUGCAAGGGGUGACAGGAAACAACACGUACUCCGUGCCAGCCAUCACCGUUGACUCCUUGACCAAGAAGGACAUUUCCAUAGCUGAGUUUCCACGGCAGCAGCUGCAGCUCAAGGAGAAGUUGGGAGAAGGGCAAUUUGGGGAGGUCCACCUGUGUGAAGCUGUUGGUCUUCUGGAAUUCUUGGGCCGCGCUUCCCCAGAAGGUUCCAGCCGGGCAAUUCUGGUGGCUGUGAAGAUGUUGAGAGCUGAUGUCACCAAGACAGCCAGGAAUGACUUCCUAAAGGAGAUCAAGAUCAUGUCCCGGCUGAAUGACCCGAACAUCAUCCGCUUGUUGGGUGUGUGUGUGAGGGAUGACCCUCUCUGCAUGAUCACCGAAUACAUGGAAAACGGGGACCUCCACCAAUUUCUGUUGCAACGGCAGAGUAGAAGCGCCUUCACACAUUCCAGCAACGUUCCUUGUGUCAGUUGCCUCCAUCUCUUGCUCAUGGCAACUCAGAUUGCUUCAGGCAUGAAAUACUUGGCUUCCCUCAACUUUGUCCACCGGGAUUUGGCCACACGCAACUGCUUGGUUGGAAAUAACUACACCAUCAAGAUUGCUGAUUUUGGCAUGAGCAGGAACUUGUACAGUGGCGAUUAUUAUCGGAUUCAGGGCAGGGCUGUGUUGCCGAUCCGCUGGAUGGCCUGGGAGAGUAUUCUGUUGGGCAAGUUCACCACUGCCAGUGACGUGUGGGCCUUUGGUGUGACGUUGUGGGAAAUGUACACCUUAUGCAAAGAGCAGCCGUAUAGUUGGCUUUCUGAUGAACAGGUCAUUGAGAACACGGGGGAAUUCUUCCGAGAUCAAGGUCGGCAGGUCUACUUGUCUCAGCCACCUCUGUGUUCAAACCCUGUGUUUUCUUUGAUGAUGAAAUGCUGGAGCCGAGACAUCAAAGAUCGUCCUACCUUUGAAGCAAUCCAUCUGUUUCUUAUUGAACAAAUGGAUGGAAGUAUUGGACCUAUAUGAGAACAUGAGAGACACUGUUGAAAGACCACUGUUGUUUUGGGUUGCCUCUGAUUGGGCCGAAGUUUCUCAAGUAUCUGUUUGACUCCCUUAGUCCUGUGGGCAAGACCAGAUGAAGUCAGACAAACAACUGAAGUAACCAUUGAAGCUGUUACCUCUUGGGAUUUCUUUGAGAUGUAGCGUGGUGGGGCCUUUUCAUCAUGUGGCUGGUGGCCAUCAUGAGAAGAAUUAUGGCCCAAAGUUGAGGUGACUUCAUCACCUUGGUGAGAAUCCAUGUUCUGUACUGUCCUCUCAGUGGGGGCACCUUGAAGCUGCUGCUUUUCUCAGCCACAGUCAAGAGUUCCACAGGGCUGAGAAACCAACAUCUCAUGGAAUAAUUUUGCCUUCCUCCCUUGAAAUACUGAGAGGAUCUUUUGCCUCUGCCUUGUCUCUCCUUCCUAGGAGGGAAUAUACUGUCUCCAAAAUGGGAAAAAGUAAUGUUCCACCUCUUUGGAAUAGUCAAGUUCUUUGGAUGUCUGUCCACCUUUCCUGAAAACCACUUUUGGUACAUCCUGUGGGGAAGACACUGUUUUCAGUUGGACCACCAACCACUGUCCUUUCUAUCUUUCGAUCAAUUUGGGGAGCUGAUUGAUACUUGUGACUUCAGAUUCACCAAAAGGAGGCAUGUGUGAAGUUUCCCACACUGGAUUUACUACUUUGGAGAAGAACAAAACAAAAAUGAAUGUUAAAGGUCAUAAGAAGGCCUUCCAGAUAUCAACAAAUGGAAGGGAUUUACUUUGGGGGGAGGCAAUAUUGUAUGAAUAGCUGACACUGUGAUUAAUGUCAAGAUGAAGUUGAUGUCCUGUAGCCCAAAAGGACUGAUGUUCAAAUCAUGCUGUGUUGAGAUUUGUUAAGACACUAAAGGAGGCAUAGUCAGCUUUAGAACAUCUCACCAGCUUCAUUUUCACCCAGCCUACCUUUCCUUUCCUUGUCCCUUUUUUAUUUUAAAUCCCUUAAACGUCUGCUGCUUUAACGUUUGUAUUUUAAAAAAAGUUUGGAAAUUAGUCAACCAAGUUUCUAGCCCAUCAUGAUUAAGCUUGAAAAUUGGGGGGUUGGGGGUUGGGGGGGAUCUUGAGAAAGACUUGGACAAGACAGAACUGGCAGAAGGGAAAGACACCUCAAAUGCCUUGAAUGUUUCCUUUGCCCCCAAAUAACGGGAAGGAUCCAAAUUCAUAGAAAAUCACAUUUGGCACAGUUUUGGAGUGGGGUCUGUCAUGCCAACUGUCCACUUUUUCACCAGACUUCAGAUUAAUGUGUGGCAAGCUUUAUCACUGUUGUGUUGUUUUUUGUAGGGUACCAAAGGCUAUUGUUAAUUACACAAAAUAAUAAUUGAAUUAAUUACACAAAAUAAUAGCUGAGCAAAUGUGGGGCAAAACACUUUGGUAAACAGCCUCAUUCUCCCAGACAAACCAGGAACUGACAUUGGUGGACAUGUUGAGAAUUCUUCCCUAGAGAUCUCUUCUAAACAUUCUCUUCCAGAACUACAAUUUUCAACUCGAGGAAGGGAAAAAUGACUCUUUGAAUUGUUUAACCAAUCCUAUUCACCCUGGCUGAUCUGGAAGAUCUAAACAGGGUGGGAUCUGGUUGGAAGACCAGAUGGGAAAACACUGGGCAUACGUUUGACGAAACAAACUAUGUGGUCAUAUCUGUGAAACUGGUAGCAGUCAAACUUGACUUAAGAGAUUUUACCUUAAGGGCCAAACAUUACAAAUUAUUCAAAGAGCUCAGCUCUUGGGGUUUUUUUUAAUUAAUACCAAGGGGAUGC